CAAGACUCAAAACAAGGGAAUAUACAACUACACUGCCAAUUCAUCAAAGUUAGCGAAUCAAUUAAUUUUCUCAUUUUAUAGCUGAUCAGUCAUGGCUGGAAAAGGAGACGGACCUGCAAUCGGAAUUGAUCUCGGAACGACUUACUCCUGCGUCGGAGUGUGGCAGCAUGAUCGUGUGGAGAUCAUCGCCAAUGAUCAGGGGAACCGAACGACGCCGUCUUACGUGGCGUUUACCGACACCGAGCGUCUCAUCGGCGACGCUGCUAAGAACCAGGUGGCUAUGAACCCCAUCAACACCGUUUUCGAUGCAAAGCGAUUGAUUGGGAGGAGAUUCUCUGAUCCAUCUGUUCAGAGUGACAUGAAGCUCUGGCCCUUCAAAGUGAUUCCUGGUCCGGGUGAUAAGCCCAUGAUAGUGGUAUCAUACAAGGGAGAGGACAAACAAUUUGCAGCGGAAGAGAUAUCUUCAAUGGUUCUUACAAAGAUGAAGGAGAUUGCAGAGGCUUUCCUUGGCUCUACCGUGAAGAAUGCUGUUGUAACCGUGCCUGCAUACUUCAAUGAUUCCCAACGCCAAGCCACCAAAGAUGCAGGUGUCAUUGCGGGGCUUAAUGUGAUGCGAAUUAUCAAUGAACCCACUGCAGCCGCAAUUGCCUAUGGUCUAGACAAGAAGGCAUCAAGCAUAGGCGAGAAGAAUGUCCUCAUCUUUGAUCUGGGUGGAGGGACUUUUGAUGUUUCCCUCCUCACGAUUGAAGAAGGGAUAUUCGAAGUCAAAUCCACAGCGGGAGACACUCACCUUGGUGGUGAAGACUUUGACAAUAGAAUGGUGAACCACUUCGUUCAAGAGUUCAAGAGGAAGCACAAGAAGGACAUCAGUGGGAAUCCUAGAGCUCUUAGAAGGUUAAGGACAGCAUGUGAGAGAGCAAAGAGGACUCUCUCGUCCACCGCCCAAACAACCAUUGAGAUUGAUUCCCUCUACGAGGGGAUUGACUUCUACACCACUAUGACCCGUGCCAGAUUUGAGGAGCUAAACAUGGAUCUGUUUAGAAAGUGUAUGGAGCCUGUUGAGAAGUGCUUGAGGGAUGCCAAGAUGGACAAGAGCACUGUUCACGAUAUCGUCCUUGUGGGUGGCUCUACUAGGAUCCCUAAGGUGCAGCAGCUCUUGCAAGACUUCUUCAACGGGAAGGAGCUUUGCAAGAGCAUCAACCCUGACGAGGCUGUUGCAUAUGGUGCUGCAGUUCAGGCUGCCAUCUUGACCGGUGAAGGGAAUGAAAAGGUACAAGACCUUCUCCUUUUGGAUGUCACCCCACUUUCCCUCGGUUUAGAGACUGCAGGUGGUGUUAUGACAGUUUUGAUCCCAAGGAACACUACAAUCCCAACAAAGAAAGAACAAGUCUUCUCGACAUAUUCAGAUAACCAACCAGGUGUCUUGAUCCAAGUGUUUGAAGGGGAAAGGGCGAGGACCAAAGACAACAACUUGCUUGGGAAAUUUGAACUUAGUAACAUCCCACCUGCCCCGAGGGGAGUCCCUCAAAUCAAUGUCGUUUUUGACAUUGAUGCCAAUGGUAUCCUCAACGUGUCAGCUGAAGAUAAAACCACUGGACAGAAGAAUAAGAUCACAAUCACCAAUGACAAGGGUAGGUUGUCCAAAGAAGAGAUUGAGAAAUUGGUCCAAGAAGCUGAGAAAUACAAAUCCGAGGAUGAGGAACACAAGAAGAAGGUCGAAGCCAAGAAUGCGCUAGAAAACUAUGCUUACAACAUGAGGAACACCAUCAAGGAUGAGAAAAUUGGCUCUAAGCUGCCAGCUGACGAUAAGAAGAAAAUUGAAGGUGCUGUUGAACAGGCAAUUCAGUGGUUGGAUGGCAACCAACUUGCGGAGGUUGAUGAAUUCGAAGACAAGCUGAAGGAACUUGAGGGUAUUUGCAAUCCCAUCAUUGCUAAGAUGUACCAAGGUGGUGUUGGCCCUGAUAUGGAUGGUGGAGCUGCUGGUUUCGGUGGUGGUAGUGCAGGUGGUGCCGGUGGUCCAAAGAUUGAGGAAGUUGAUUAAGUUUUAUGUGAACUUUAGCUUGAAAAUGUGAUGUACCCUUAGCUCCUGAAGGUGUAAUUUUCUUCACUUAUUGUUUUGUUUUGUUGGUAAUUUUCUUGCUCAAGUCCAAGUCUAUUUAAUAAUAAGUAGUUUUUUGUUUCCAAAUACAAAGACCUUCUGUGUUUUCCUUACCUCAUUAAUUCGCAAUUUUAACAUUAUUAUAAUCAGCUCAUGUUCAUUAUUUCACAUGA